GCCGCCUCGGCCCCGCAGCCCCGAUCCGCCUCGGCCCGGCCGCGCCGGAACCGUGGUGACGCCAGGCCCCGCGUGCGGGACGCCGGGACCGGGGCCGGACGUGGCGUCAAGGGGCGGCCCGGGGCGGGCGCGGCCCUGCCGGAAGCGCGGGCGGCAUGGAGCCGGCGGCCGAGCAGCAGCAGCAGCUCCGCAGCCUGCGGGACUUCCUCCUGGUGUACAACCGCAUGACCGAGCUCUGCUUCCGCCGCUGCGUCUCCGACCUCAACCACCGGCUGCUGACGCGGCGCGAGGAGCUGUGCCUGGACCGCUGCGCCGGGAAGCUGGUGCGCUCCAACCACCGCCUCAUGACCGCCUACGUGGCCCUGAUGCCGACCAUCGUGCAGCGCCGCGCCGCCGACUACGAGGCCAGCGCGGCCCGGGCACAGGAGGGACCGGCGGCGCCCGCGGUUCCCGACGCCUCCACUGACGCCUCUCCUCCCGCACCGGCGGCUGCGGCCGGCGGCGGAGCCUCGCCUGGGCCUUCGGGUGCCAGCACGUAGUGGAGCCACGAGCCCGGCUGCGGCUUCCAGCGGCAGCAGAGGGCCGGGUGGCUGCAGGGCGGCCCUGGGCCCUGUGCUCGCGGUGUGAGGUGUAGUUUCUGGCCCUGCAGCAGCCCGGGCCUCCAUGUGGUGUUGAUAGCCCAGGUCUGGAGCAGCAGAGCUGCUCUGCGCUGGGGCCAGGCCUUGCAGAUCCAUGUCCUCUCCUGUAUUCACAUUGAUGGCCAGGUCUGUCUGUCCCCAGGGGCAUCAGGGCAGACGCAGCCCACUGGCCCUGAAGGUAACGAGAAAGGGAUCUGUGGCAGCCGCCGUUCUGGCCGGGAAGAGCUCCUAGCUGAACUCUCCAUUGCCUUAGCAACUCCUGCACUGGGCUCUCACGCUCCAGAAUGGGGGUUUCUGUAUUUCCAGGAGGCUGUUUCCUGGUACAAUUAAACACUCUCUUUGUAAUUGUCUCACUGCUAAUGUGUCACGAGGGAACACAGGUAUUGCUCCGUGAACACCUCCCUGCACGCUGCAUCCUGCUGGGGCACAGGUGCGUUCCCUGUGGCAGGGAUUCACGUUGCUCCUUCUGGUCACCUUUCUGCUGUCCACGUUGCGACUGCUGGCAUUAGAACAGUCUGCAGAACGUGAUGGUGCUGGGACAGGCCCUUGUUCUGGGGGUGGUGGGGUGCCUACUGCAGCAUGGCUGGGCCCAGCCCACAGCCAGGCAGGGUAGCGUUAGAGGUGGCUUAACCUGGAGAGAAUGAGACCUGCUCCAGCACCCUGUGUGCUGCUACAAGGCUUCUGCCAAUUGGAGUUGGCUGCAUCCAGGUUAUGAGGCUGAGGGUGCAGAGACACACAAACGGUUCGUAACGGAUGCUUGGGAUCAGCACUGCUGCCCACAUAACACGGCACGGGCGCGAGCAGUGCAGGCUUCCCGCUCCUGCCUCAGUGGCAAGGUUGGCACAGCACGUGCAGGACCCUGGGGCCAUCCGCCCUGCGGCUGCUGUCCCCAGACUCAGGAUGUGUUCGGGGAGCAGUGUGGCUGCAGGCUGCAGGGCUGCACUGCCCUAUGGGGCCGGGCACAUCCUUGCUGCAGGAGGUGUCCGCAGAGGCUGAGUGGUGACAUGGGAGUGAGACCUGGUGCCAGUGCUGUGCGAGGGGAGAGGCGGCCCCGGCUGUGCUGGUGGGCCUGGGUUGUGCCUGCCAGCCAGGACAAUACGCCCUCACGUGGGUUUACAACACAGUAACGGCCAAGAAAGCAAAGUGAGUGCUUGAUGUGAUUUGACUGGCUUUGGGCAAGUUUUUAAGGAGAGCCUGGUCCAAAUAGUAGGGAAUACACCACCAACGGCUGCUGAACUUCCCUAUCUAUGAGACCUGUACCCCAGUCACUCCUGGAAGCCAAAGAGGAGCAUUUAUGUAGAAGAGAGAUCGGGGGAGGCUGGAUCAUGCUCACACAGCUCCUUGUGCUCUGCUGUCUCCGAGCCUGCCCUGACCAGCCAUCCUGGGGUGUUUGCACCAGCUGUUUUCCUGGGGGCACAGACAGGGCCAGGACUUGGAGAAUCACAGAACGUUAAAGGUUGUAGGGACCUCUGGAUGUUGUUUGGUCCAAUCCUUCUCAAGCAGGGACACUCAGAAGUCCUGUCAAACCCAUCUACCCAGGUUAUGGAAUGCUAGUGCAGGUGCUUCUGUGACAGCACCUCUGGAGCAUGGUUGCUGCCUGCAUCUGGGGAAAUGUCCCCCGAUGCCUGGAGGACUGGGAAGCAGCAGCUUCUCGCACCCUGCUGCUGCACCAUGGGGUGCGAGCAAGGGCUGCACACACUGCCAGCCACUUUGCUGGUUUAUUGCUUAUUAUCUGGUUUAUUGCUCCUCUCGCACCUUGCUAGAAAGCAGGAUUUGUAGCACGGUGCUUCUGCAGUUAACUGGUUCUAGGAAUAAACAUGGAAUGUAAAGCCCGC